AUGUCUAUUGAAAUCGAUUCUAGUGACCUUCCCUCUUCAAAGCAAGAUGUGCCGGUCACUAUAUCAAGUGUGGAAAUUGACCCUCAAGCGGAGCGUGCCUUGGUCUGGAAGUUUGACCUUCGAUUACUUCCUGUGUUAGCGAUGAUGUAUCUGUUCAACAGCCUGGACAAGUCCAAUUUAGGCAAUGCUAAAACAGCUGGAUUGGAAGACACUCUCUCACUCAAGGGCAAUCAGUAUAAUCUGCUUCUGAGCAUUUUUUUCAUCCCUUACGUUUUGACUGCACCUUUUCUCGGUCUUCUAGGAAAAAUGUAUGGACCGAAUAUUGUGCUGCCCUGCAUGAUGCUUGCCUUCGGACUUUGUACAAUCCUUGUUGUCGCUGUGUUCAACUUUGGCGGCCUCUUGGCGAUCAGAUGGUUCUUGGGUAUGGCCGAGAGCGCUUUUUUUCCAUUGGUGAUUUAUUACCAAACUACCUUCUACCGACGGGGUGAGCUAGCCCGCCGACUCGCGAUUUUCUACGCUGCUCAAACUAUUGCUUCGGCCUUCUCUGGCCUGCUGGCAUUUGGAAUCUUCCGUAUCAACACAGGCCCAUUGGCUCCAUGGAGGUACCUCUUCUUGAUCGAAGGCGCAGGAACUAUUCUCUUUGCACUAUUUGCACUCUGGUAUCUACCUCGGUCGGCAUCAGAGGCAACGUUCUUAACGCCAGAUGAGAAAGAACUCGCAUACCUUCGUUUGCAGAUUGAUAGCUCUUCUGUGGUCAACGAAAAGCUAGACAUCCGGGAUGCAUUCCGAGUAUUUAAACACGGAACUAGUUGGGUGAUUUUAGGGAUUCAAAUAUGUCUGGGAGUUCCGCUUCAAGCUGUUCAGCUUUUCCUCCCGGUGAUCAUCCAGCGCCUUGGAUACAGCACCGUGAAGACCAACCUAUUCACUGUCGCCCCAAAUAUCUCAGGUGCUGCAGUUCUCCUUAUCCUGGCUUUCAGCAGUGACUGGACGAGAUGGAGGUUCCCAUUCAUUGCACUCGGAUUUGCAUUCACCUUCGUGGGGUUCGUGAUUUACGCAACCAUCGAUGUGCAGCGGGAUCUAAACGUGGCUUAUUUCGCCUCAUUUCUGAUGACUUGGGGCACCUCUGCGCCCUCCGUUCUUCUCGACGCUUGGUAUAACAACAAUACUGCAAAUGAAGGGCGUCGCUUGGUAUUGACAAGUAUUGCGGUCCCGUUGGCAAACUUGAUGGGAGUUGUCAGCUCGAACAUAUUUCGUAAGCAGGAUGCGCCUAAUUAUCUUCCAGCUUUAAUCACCACGGCGUCAUUUGGUGGGACUGGUAUUAUCUUGACUCUCUGCCUCGGGCUUUGGAUGAUGGCGGAUAAUAGGAGGAGAGACCGAUCGCAAGGUGUUCAUCUCGGGGCAAGAGAUGUCCCUACGGAAUAUCUCAAGGAUGGGCCUGCCUGCGAAAAUUUUCGCUGGUUUUAUUGA